AAUUGAGCAAUUAUAGGAUGAUUGGCACCGACAUCUUGUUGUAGUUUGAGAAGGUAGAACUUGUAGACUGUAACUAUCAGCUCUGCUUUUGGGUAAAAUGGAGAUUGCUUCCUUUUUCAAGAGAGUUUCACAAGGCUACUCUUCUUACUCCAAGCUUCUUGUUCUCUUCACUGUCAGUAGCGGUGGUCUAGUAGCAUAUGCUGAAAUUGGUGCAUCUGCUGCUGAAGUGACUCAAAGUGAGUGCAAAAAGAAAAAAGUUGUGGUUCUUGGAACAGGAUGGGCUGGUACUAGCUUCCUUAAAAAUCUGGAUGUUUCUUUAUACGAUGUUCAAGUUGUCUCACCACGAAAUUAUUUUGCGUUCACCCCAUUGUUACCUAGUGUCACCUGUGGAACAGUUGAAGCUCGAAGCAUAGCAGAGCCGGUCCGAAAUAUUAUAAAGAAGAGAAAUGGACAAAUUCAAUUUUGGGAGGCAGAAUGUAUUAAGAUUGAUGCUGCAAAUAACAAAGUGCUCUGCAAGUCUAAUUUUGAGAACAACAUGGUGGGGAAUGAAGAUUUUUCUGUAGAAUAUGACUACUUGGUUAUAGCAGUGGGAGCACAAGUGAACACUUUCAACACUCCUGGUGUUAAGGAGAACUGCCAUUUUCUAAAGAACUUGGAAGAUGCUCAAAGGAUCCGCAGGAGUGUGAUUGAUUGUUUUGAAAAGGCUGUUCUCCCUGGCCUGACUGAAGAAGAGAGAAGAACUAACCUCCAUUUUGUGGUUGUUGGAGGAGGCCCUACUGGUGUGGAGUUUGCUGCAGAGCUACAUGACUUUCUUCAAGAAGAUCUAGUCCAUAUUUAUCCAACAGUUAAGGAUCUAGUGAAAAUAACUGUAAUCCAAUCAGGGGAUCACAUUUUAAACAUGUUUGAUGAGAGAAUCAGUUCAUUUGCUGAGCAAAAGUUUCAAAGGGAUGGGAUCGAAGUUCGAACAGGAUGUCGAGUUAUUAGUGUUUCAGAUAAAGAAAUCACCAUGAAGGUCAAAUCCAAGGGCGAGGUUUGUUCUGUACCGCAUGGAUUAAUUGUAUGGUCUACUGGAGUUAGCACUCUCCCAGUUGUCAGGGAUUUCAUGGAGCAAAUUGGGCAGGCUAAAAGACGUGUUCUUGCAACUAAUGAAUGGCUUAAAGUUAAGGGAUGUGAAAAUGUGUAUGCACUUGGGGAUUGUGGUGCAAUCGAUCAACGCAAGAUCAUGGAGGAUAUUGGAGCUAUAUUUAAGGCUGCAGAUAAAGACAGCUCCGGUACCUUGACAGUUCAAGAAUUCCAAGAUGUUAUGGAUGACAUCCUCGUGAGGUACCCUCAAGUAGGACUUUAUUUAAAAAGCAAGCAUCUUUUGGGCGUGGCAGAUUUGUUGAAAGAUUCUGAAGGGAAAGACAAAAAGGAAGUAGAUAUUGAAGGCUUUAAACAAGCCCUUGCUCAUGUAGAUUCACUGACCAAAAGCUUGCCUGCAACUGCACAGGUUGCCUCUCAGCAGGGCACAUAUCUUUCCAAGUGCUUCAACCGAAUGGAGGAGUGCAAAAAUAAUCCUGAAGGUCCUCCACGUUUUAGAAGUUCUGGGCGUCACCAGUUCCGACCCUUUGAGUACAAACAUUUUGGGCAAUUUGCUCCUUUGGGUGGAGAGCAAGCUGCUGCGGAACUUCCUGGAGAUUGGGUUUCCAUGGGUCACAGCACCCAAUGGCUCUGGUAUUCCGUAUAUGCAAGCAAGCAAGUUAGUUGGCGGACGAGGAUGCUGGUGGUCUCUGAUUGGACUAGGAGAUUUAUAUUUGGAAGGGAUUCAAGCCGCAUUUGAGGCAUGAAACGAAUGAUUCUUGUAAAUAAACGUGAGGCAGAUCGGUGUUUUUCUAAUCAGUUGCAGUGUUAUCACUUAUCAGAAACAUAACAUAAAUUUAGUUAUUAACUUAUUCUGUGCUUGUAAAUUCAGAGAAUAGACUCCCUUUGCAUGUAUGCAUAGUUGAUAUGGCUUGCCUUUUCUA